AUGAUUUCUGAAGAAAAUAAAACUGUCACUGAUGAAGAUCAUGAGGCUUCAUCUUGCAGAAGAACCGCUUCUCUUCCUCUUGCUCACAAGGAUAACGAUGGUUCGACGGGGAUAAUUGAAGAAAUCUCACAUGUUCCUCCGCGGAAGAAACAGAAUCUUCUGUUGGAAAUACCAUCAAGAGCACGAGAAGAGUGUUCACAAGAUUAUGUGGCUAUCAAAGUUCCGAUGACACCGAGUCCUACUCCUAAGAGAGUGAAUUUUCUGAUGACUUCUCGGUCGGUUGAUGCUCCCGUAAAUAAUUCUCCUGGAUCCGCAACAUCAAGAGGCAAAUCAUCGUUAAGAAACAUGCUACCGAAAUUGAGCUUCAGGAGUAGGACACCGGCAGAUAAUGACAAGAUGAACAUAUCAACUCCGGAGGUUUCCUCUUCAGGCCAUCGAGAAAAGCCUUUGAUCUCGAGAUCACUGUCACUUAGUAAGAUAUUUACUCCUAGGAUGAAAAGAACUUCAUCAUUGCCAUUAGAUGAAAUUGGAAAUUCGAAUACCGAAUCCACUCAUGGUGGAAAUAUGAGUUUUAUUUUGCAGAAAAGAGAGACUCGACUGAAGAUAGCGCGCUCUCUUUCCAUGCCUGCCAACAACAAGAAGGAUAAAAGCCUAAAGAGGAUGGAUUCGUUUUUUCGCGUUGUUUCUUCUACUCCUCGAGUAAAGGAAGGAAAUGAAUUGUUGAGCACGUCUCCGACUAAGGAUACUGAAAUCGAAGAUGCUGAUGAUGGCCAAGAUAUAGCUCAAGAGGAGGCAGUGUGUAGAAUUUGUUUGGUUGAAUUAUGUGAAGGAGGUGAGACAUUCAAGUUGGAAUGUAGCUGCAAAGGUGAACUUGCUUUGGCUCACCAAGAAUGUGCUAUUAAAUGGUUUAGUAUAAAGGGUAAUAGAACUUGUGAUGUCUGCAUGGAGGAUGUUAGAAACCUUCCUGUCACUCUGUUACGGAUUCAAAGUGUUCGAAAUCGAAUUACUGGAGCAAGUAGAUCUCAGCUCGAAGAUGUAAACGGGGUUUGGCAGGAAGUUCCAGUGCUUGUCAUUGUUAGCAUGUUGGCAUAUUUCUGUUUUCUUGAGCAACUGUUGGUUACAAAAAUGGGAACAGGUGCAAUUGCCAUAUCCCUUCCAUUUUCCUGUGUACUAGGCCUGCUCUCCUCCAUGACAUCAUCAACCAUGGUGAAGAGCAGGUUCAUAUGGAUUUAUGCAUCUUUCCAGUUUGCUCUGGUGGUUCUCUUCGCACAUAUAUUUUACUCCUUGGUUCAUGUGCAAGCAGUUCUAUCAAUCCUUCUUGCAACAUUUGCUGGUUUUGGCGUGGUAAUGAGUGUAAGUUCUUUCCUUGUUGAGCUUUUUAGAUGGAGAAGGAGACAGCAGGCUUCAUCAGAGCUAUUCCAUGGCCCUCUACCGAUAACACAAGUAGGACAACAACCUCGGCCUGCAAACACGCCACGAUCAGGUGAAUCCAACCACAAUCAAUCUGUAGUGCAAAAUCAACAAGACUCAAAUCAAAGUUGA